CUCGGACGGUGCUCGGGCGAGGUCCUGGCUGUCCAAGUAGCAGUGACUGCGUGCUCUCAUUGCCGAGCACCAACUCUCGCAGAGAAGCAGCACAGGUGCCGACGCAGCGUCACAUUAGCUAACAAGUCGAAUCGGAAGAGAUGCGGAGGCCUGCGUUCGCCUCGACAGGAACAAAAGCAUGCACACUCUGCCACAGCGAUGCAGCAAAUUGCAUGAGCGAACUAGCCGUCGAGACCCAGGACUCACCUCGAUAGUAGCAAAAGCAAACGCGUCGAGAGAUUCGUACGAGUCACCCUUCACGCCAUCGAGCCGACGCAUUUACGGGGUCGUCGUCGACGCAGGUAACGAGAUGAAGCUGCUCUGUGUAAUAGCGGCCGCGACGACCGCCCAGGCCUUCGCGCCGACGCGCGCGACGACGCCGACGGUUUGUAGAGGAGGCGGCAGCGAGCUGCAAGCCGUCAAGAACUCGGCCUUCGUCUUCGUGAAGCCCCACGCUGUGACGCCGCCGACGAUCGAGCUCGUCAAGAGCAAGCUUACGGGCGCGGGCCUCACCAUCCUGUCCGAGGGCGACAUCUCGUCCGAGGAUAUUGAUCAGAAGAAGCUCGUGGACCAGCACUACUACGCCAUCGCGUCGAAAGCCACGAUCACGCCGCCGGCGGAACUCGCCGUGCCCGACGACAAGUUCACCGAAUUCUUCGGCGAGUCCUGGAGCGACGUCCUGUCACAGGGCCGCGCGUUCACGGCCAUCGACGCCUGCAAGGAGCUUGGAUUAAGUGGUUCGGAGAUGGACGAGGCCUGGGGCGCGGCCAAGGGCGCGGGCAAGAUUAUUAAGUUAGGGGGCGGCUUCUACGCGGGGCAGCUGGCCAAGGGCGACUCGUCGAUCUACACGUUCAACGCCUUCUACAUGAGCAUGCGGGACCGCUUCACGCAGCCCGGGGGCUCGAUCCACUACUUUGCCGUGGAAUGGGACGCCUCCACCUUACCGUGGGCCGACUUCCGCGGGAAAUUGUUAGGACCGACGGACCCGGCCGCGGCGCCGGCGGAUUCGAUCCGGGGUCUGAUCUACAGCGACUGGAAGAAUUUGGGCUUGAGCGGCGAGCCGAACACGGGCGACAACGGCGUCCACGCGUCGGCGUCGCCCUUCGAGGGCCUCGCGGAGAAGAUGAACUGGCUCCAGGUCAAGCCGAGCGAGGACGCCUUCGGCGCGGCGAUCAUCGCCGACGGUUUGGACGAGGCGACGCUGGCGAAGUGGAUCCUGGACCCCGUGGUCACGUACCCGGACGGGAAGGGCUCGCUCUUCGACGCGCUCGAGGACAGCAACGUCGACGCGUGCGCGGCGAAGCUGAAGGAGCUGAAGGCGCUGGCGUAGAGGCUAAGUAUUUGUUACGCGU